AUGAAUAUGAAACUUGGAGUUAUAGAUGAUAUUGAAGCUGCGCGCUAUCGCCGCCGCAUAAGGCAGCGGCGCCUGCGGUUUCCGACAGAACUUACACCACGCCAACAUAGACAGAGGCGAGGCGGGCCGGGGGCGUGGCGCCGCACGUGUCGCUCUCUCGCUAUUAGUCGCGUCUACUUUCUAGCCGGCGGGCUAGCACGGUAUUGGCCGGCCCGGGCCGCCGGGCUGCGCGCGCGCAGCCUCGCCGCGUGCCGGCAUUCAAUGCAAAUGCGUCGUCUGUUCAACGCAAGCUAUCUCCUAGAUUUGCAAUCAUUACUAUUCAUCAAACCAUUUUACUGC